CUACAGUCCCCCAAGAUGUAACACAGAAACUCACUUUCUUUCUUUAUUUCUUUUUUUCUAAGUUUGCUCAUAAGCUCUUCAGGUUUCCGGAACGAAGUCGGUUUACUGCUCAUUGGAGGAGACGGGAUCAUGCCAGGCUAAUAGAAAGCAGUUCUAACGUAUAAGGCAGUCGGAGAACUGCAAAGGUACUGUGAUAAGUAUCCCGCAGUUUUGAUACUUGGGUUUCCCACUAUGACACCGAUUGGUUUACUUCUUGAGGAAGUGUCCCACAGACUUGUGGGCCGAAGUUCGAGUCCACUGUUAGCUCGUCAGUAGAUCUCUGUUGAAGGCUGCCCUCCUUCAUGCAGUGCCAAAGUUUCAGGGCCCAGCUGCAUGGGGGAGGCCUCUUCUCCGACUGUGGUGCUGCACUGGGCAGGGAGAUCCCAAAAGGUGGGUGGGGAGGAGGUCUCCCACCUCACAGGAGAAGCCACCAGGCACAGAGACUGAGAAAUUCCACAUAAUCUAUCGAUUCUAUGCCAUCAGAGUACUUGGCUUUGUAUCUCGCCUGAAGUUGGCGCAGACAGCUGUGACUGUGGCCGCCAUGCCCCCGGGCUUGUACUGGUACUCACAGGGCCUCCUGACCCUCAAUUCACUCUGCCUUGUGAGUGGGAUCUGCAGCUUUGCUCUGGCCAUGCUGUGUUGGAUGAGCUACUUCUUCCGGAGGCUGGUGGGCAUCAUGUAUGUGAAUGAGUCAGGUACCAUGCUUCGAGUGGCCCACCUGACCUUCUGGGGGUGGCGACAGGACACUUACUGUGCUGUGUCAGACAUGAUACCCCUGUCAGAAUCCAAGGACCAGGUCCGGGAUGUGUUGAUUCGGAUCCAGCAAUACAGUGGCAAGCAGACCUUCUACCUUACCCUGCGCUAUGGCCGAAUCCUGGACAGAGACCGUUUCUCACAAGUGUUUGGACCGCUGAGCACACUUAAGUAAAGAACAGCAACUCGGCCUCCUGUAGCCUUGGGUGCACUUGGAGUUUAGACAGGAAGGCCAAGAACAUUGAUAAGGCAGAAGCUAAUAACCAGGACUGGAGCUGAAGCCCAGUUGGUAUGUCUAGCAUGCAGGAAGUGAAACCCUGGGUUCAGUCCCUGGAACUGCAUAUAACCAGGCAUGGUUGUGUGUGCCUGUUCUUUCAGCACUGGAGGAAAAGUUCAAGGUUUUCUUGGGACAAAAAAGGGAAGAUAUUAGCCAACUUCAGGGAAAAGCCCUUAGUGGAACAUUGUUCUGAAUAGGGCACUCCAACAGAGAGUGGCUAGAAGUUUUAUGAAGAGGCACUUCUUGGAGGAAUGCUAUGCCAAGAUCACCGAGGCAGCCCAUUGCUAUGAAAGCAGAAGACAGGAGGAUUGGCAGAGGAACACAGACUGGAGUCUGGAGACCUGGGUUCUGCUGGACCUCAGCUCCUCAACCUGGGGCAGGGUAUUGAGUUUCUGAGCCUUGAAUUGCACUCUGAAAUGGAAGAGCCUUCCUCUCUCAUGGGGAUGAAUAUGAAAAUAACCAAUAAUGGCUGAGGCUGGGCUUAGUUAGAGCUCUUGCCUAGCAUGUAUAAGGUCCUAAGUUCCACUCAACACCACAGAAUGGGCAAACCCAGUAAAUGCCGUGUGCUGUGUAAGUCAGCAGCUCAGAGCUUAAAACAUGGAGGAGGCUUCCAGGCUGCACCACUUGUAUUCACCAAAGUUAAAUGGCCGGUGUUGAAGCCCAGGGUGGGCUUGUCUUUUUCCCACCAGGAAGUCACCACACCAGCUGGGGUAGGGACAGCACCAGCUGAGAAUGUGUUGACCACCAGGAGGUCCAGGGCCGCUCACACUGGGGAGCUUUGCAUUGUCAUCAGGAUAGAAGAACUCUGUCCAAGCAACAAUUUAUCAGCAGAAGGAGACUGUAUGCUGCUUUUCAUAAUAACAAACACAUGCUUACUGGGUGAAUUGUACCUGCAUAAAAGGAAAGCAGCCGUGAUCUUUGUAAUUUGACCGUUCAAAAUGCUUUGUUUUGUAGCUUUUUAGUAAUUCCGUCUAUCUCUCUCUCUCUCUCUCUCUCUCUCUCUCUCUCCCUCCCUCCCUCCCUCCCUCCCUCCCUCCCUCCCUCCUUCUUUCCUUUUCUUCUUGAAACAGAGUUUCUCUGUGUAACAGCCCUGGCCAUCCUGAAACUUGCUCUGUAGAUCAGGUUGGCUUCAACUCACAGAGAUCUGCCUGGCUCUACCUCCUGAGAGCUGGGAUUAAAGGUGUGUGGCACACUGCCCAGACAGUAGUUUCAUUUCUUGAAGAAUUUUUCUUUUAAAAUUACAUGUAUUAUUUGUGUGUGUACCACUGCGUAUGUAGAGGUUGGAAGACAACUUUUGGAGUCCUUUUCCCCAUACCGUUCGGGUCCUGGGAUUAAAGUUGGGUUGUCAGGCUCGGCAGCGAACACCUCUGCCCACUGAACUGUCUUGCUGUUCCUCUCCCCAUUCUUCAUUGCUGUAAAGUAAGCAGAGCGUGAACAAAGCUAACAACAACAGAUUGGGGGGGGGGGGGAGCCAGGGAGAACACACCACGAAGCCUCAACCUUUCACAAAGAACUACAGGCAACUUAAGCAUUCUGAAAGCAGGAGGAAGUCUUCCUCAGCAAAGAGCACACUAAUUAAUAAUCCAAUAAGAAAUGGCCCUGAAAACAUACACAUACAAGUAUAGACUGAGCAGGCUAUAUUUAGAAACAUGUACGUAUGGGAGGGAGGAAAGGGAAGAGGAAAAGGAUGUAAUUAUACUGUAAUCUAAAAUAAAAAAAAAAACCUUAAAAAUGUGCAUAUCAAAUUGUAGCCAUUUUAUUGUUCAGGGGCAUGAAAUACAUCCUCAGUAUUGUAUAGCCAUCACUGCAGUCUAAUCUAAUGCUUCCACUGGAGAGACAGAGGCAGGCUUGAGGCCCCCCUGACCUACAGAACCAGCUCCAGGACAGCCAGGACUGUUACACAGAGAAACCCUGUCUCAAAACAAAUAAACAUGCAAAAUUAGUGCUUGACUGUCCCAACUGGGAUCUUGGUACUCAGGCCACAGAUGUCAUCUGCCUUCACCCUCUCUGUCUCCACCUGUUUUAAGGCAGCGCUAACCCAUCUCUGAAUUUAUUAUUCUGACAUCUGUAAUAGAACCACGGUAUAUUUCCUGUGUUUGGCAGCUUUUGGUGUAAUGUUUUCAAGGUGUUGAGUCUCCCAGAGCUCAAUACUUAUGCGUCAGUGAGAAUGUGAGUUUAUUCUUCAGGACUUGACUCUGAGGUGAGAGAGAGGGAGAGGAGUCUACCAGUUCAGCAGGUCGGUGGAUGUUUGGGUUGUCUCCACCCCAGGCUAUGGUGAAAAACACUAAUGUGAACACUACACAGGUGCCUGUUGGUGUCCCUGCUGUGGCUUUUGGGAAAAUAUUGGGAAGGAAGUAAAAACACAGGGGGUGCCUAUUAGGUCCCAAUAUCCCGGAAGCUGCCUUCCCUGUGAUCUAACUUCCAGUAUGUUCCAUCUAUUUUUAUUUUUUAUUUUUAUUUUUUUGUCUAAAGUGCUUUUUAAAAAUUUUA